AUGUCUGUCUGCACUUCUAAUCAGGGCGCCUCCAGGAUGGACGGGGCUUGUUACCACACCUACAGCGAUGAAGCAUUUGAUGCAUUCCAAAAAUGCUGCGGCCCCGCCCCUGUAGCUCAGGUUUAUGACCCUAAACGACUGGUUGAAGAAGAUAGUACUCCGGGUGGAUGCUUCGUCUACUGCCCAACCGUUGAAGACGGUCCGAGUCCCUCCAAGCUCGAAAAAUGCCUCAAUGCAGAGAUUAAUUUUGUCCGAUGCGACCCAUUUGGGUUUUACUCGGUUGCGGAUGAAGUCGAGCUCGCCAGGAAGCAGGCGAAAGAUGAUGGAUUUUGUCAGGCUUGUCUGGCAGAGAUAGCAGGCACCGCAGAGCCAUCGACAACGGACGAGGAAAAUCUUGUUUCAGAAACUACCACCGCAGAGCCGUCGGCAACGGACAACGAAAGCUUUGUUUCCGAAACUGCCAUCACUGAGCCGUCGACGACUGACGGCGAAACCUUUGUUUCAGAAACUACUAGCGGCACAACGGCCAAGAAUACUAAAUCACCAAACACUGCUUCAACCACUCCCGCUCCGUCAAGAACCGGGGCUUCUGCAACUACAGCUUCAACUGUUAAGGCGACUAGUACUAAUGCUGCUAUUGGAGUGUAUCAAGCGGAUACUGUCCCAUGGAAAAUCGGAUUUGCUAUGGGAGCUAUGCUAUUUACGAGCGCAAUUGCCGGGAUGCUGGUCUAA